UGUCCUUGGACCUGAAGCAUCGUCCGGUCUGAAAGCUUCGAAAUAGGAAUCGAAGAGGCCGAUGGUCUUUGGAACCCAUCGAACAGCGAAAGAGAAGGGCGCAAGGCUGUGCGAUGCCAACCAUCGCCAGCUUGGAGGAGAAGGAGCCUCGUCCAUCUUUCUCUCUUAGCUCCUUCUCCUCUGCCUCCACCAGCGUCUACAUUCCGCGCCGCCGAAGCUUCUCUUAUUGCCGCCUCCCCGUCCACCUCCUUAAGCUUACGGUACUCAAAUUGGACGGUUCCUCCUUUGAUGUGCAGGUGGCCAGGACGGCUUCGGUGCGGGAGCUCAAGAUGGCGGUGGAAGAGGUUUUCGACCAGUACCAUAUGGACAGGACAAUGGAGAGCAUCUCAUGGGCUCAUGUAUGGGGUCAAUUCUGCUUGUCAUUUCGCGGGAUUAAGCUGAUUGACGAGAAAGCUCUGAUCAAGGGCUUUGGUAUCAAAGACAGCGAUCAGCUUCAAUUUGUUAGGCAUCUUUCCGUCAGCUGCACUCCAAUAAAGCAACGGCAGAGAGGUCAAGAAACAAAGGCAGAAUGGCGAAGGAAGUCAUGGUCUGGAGCUGAACUCCUUGAAUUUGAAUUUGAGGAUUCUGGAUCAGAUAACAGAAGGAACAGAGAGGAUUCUCCUGUCAUUAGGGAGGAUAAAAGUCAAUCCACGGUGGAAUGGGUAACCAUGAAUAGUGGGGAAGAAGAGAGACUUGCCGUAAAGAAUCACUGGCAGUUCAAGUUUUCUCGUUACUUGAAGGGUUUCUUAUGCUACUCCAAUCCUAUAUAUAUGACUAGAGAAAGGUAAGGGUAUGGGAGUCACUGAAAAUGUUACUGAUUUGCAAAUUCAAUACAAGUUGUGUCUUAUCAUUUAAGCCAAAUGCAUAAGCUUUGUUUGUUUUACCACCAUUUUUAAGAUGCUUUCGACUUUUGUCUAUUAUUAACUCUUCAUAGUUACACUGAGUAAUAUAAAAACCAGCUUUAAUUCA